AUGGCUUUAGCUGCAAGCAGGACGCUUUUGGUGUUAUUCGUUACGUUUUGCGCUCCAGGAUGCGGAUGGACAGCUGAGAAAUCCCUGCGGCCACAAAAUGGGAAACAGACAUCUGUGGACAAGGUUUCGAGGGAAAGUUGGGAGCAUUCUAGCCAUUUGGAUGGAACGCCAGUGGACCGCUAUGUCAGCUCCCACAAACCCCCCAGGUCUCAUCGCUUCACUAAAGUUAGCAAGGAAAGUCACACUCAUCCGAUAGAGGAUGUAGACCCUGAUUGGGAUAACCUGGAUGGCUUUGCUGUGGUGCCCAAUCCACCCAUCAACAACUCAUCAGCAGGUUUAGUCAGGUUUUCACAAAAUGCAGCCAGAAGUCAUUCCACUGCAGAGAGGACCACCAGGGCGGGCAGAAUGACUCACCCGGCAGGUGUGACCUAUACCAGGACACACAAGAGGGCACCUCAGUCCUCCUCAGGUCCGAGACAGCCUGAAAGAGCUUUGGCAGGAACCCCACUGCUGAAAAGGAGACGCCCACACAGUGCCAAGCCUCAGGCUGACCAGAGAAAAAGACAUACACCAAAACUAACAUCUGAGUCCGUUCAUGUGGUGUCACUGCAGGCACAGAAGGCCCAAGGCCAGAGCGCACCCGCCAACAGAGCAGUCCCAGCCAUAGCCUCCAUACCAGAACCACCUGAGUAUGAGGCCCGGGACUUAAGUGUCAGAGUCAUGUCGCCAAAGUCAGUCCUUAUCUCUUGGGUUGACCCUGCUGUCGAAAUGGGGAAAGUUGCCCCCGGGACAUCCAGAUCAUAUACAGUAAGGUUCAGAGAGAAGGGUGAAUCAGCGCGUUGGGAUUACAAAGACAGCACCCAGAGGAGAGUGAUGAUAGACGCUCUGUCUGCUGACAGCAUGUAUGAGUUCUCUGUCAGGAUCUCUCAGGGAGAAAAACAUGGCAAGUGGGGUGUCUCAGUUUUUCAGAGGACCCCUGAGUCAGCACCAUCAGGACCACCCGAAAACUUUGAGGUCAAGCCGCUACGAGGAAAAGGAACGGCUGUCAUUGCAACAUGGGAUCUUCCUGAAGAACCCAAUGGCAGGAUAAGAGAAUAUAUCCUGUCUUACGCCCCUGCUAUGAAACCAUUUGGAAUGAAAAGCACAACAUACAGUGGAAGCACCACCACCACCACCAUAGAUGGCCUAACACCCGGAGAGCGUUACAUCUUCAAGAUCAGAGCUACCAACCGGAGGGGAAUGGGACCACAGAGCAAGGUCUUCAGUGUUGCCAUGCCAGAGUCCAGGAGCAUUGCCUCAUCAUCCUCAAAAUCCAAGGGCAGCCAGCAGACCAGUAACUUUCAUUCCAAAAAAGAUACAGACCACAAUGAAUCCAACCUCCAAUCAUCAGAGUUGCCAGAGGAACCAACUACAACCCCUAAACCACGGCCUGUCAACAGGCGUCUACGUCCACUUUCCCAAACACGCUCCUAUCAUAGUAUCUUCUCCUCUGUCAGAGGCUCAGUCAGGAAUGUAGUGAACAGAGAAAGACCUAGAGAAGAUGAACAGGAAAAAGACAAAAUACCCACAACAGCUCCUCCAGCAGAGGAGACAACUACAGAAGUAGUGCUGGAGACAAAAGAACCAGAUAACAAUGUUUCCCCUGUAUCUGAGGAUGAAGUUGGACAUGAUAAAGAGCCUCUGACCACUGAAGCCCCCAGCCUCAAAGUUUUGACUCCCUCUCCAACUAAACCUGCAUAUAUUAGACCAAACAGAAGGCCAGUUAAGAUCCGUGUCCAUAAAAAAGCUGAAUCCAAGGCUUCCUCCUCCUUUUCAUCCGGUGGCUCAUCUUCAUCUUCUUCCAAAUUAUCCUCUGCAUCUUCUGCCACCUCCUCGGUUUCUUCAGCUUCUGCUGAUUCCUCCUUAUCUCUUCCUUCCUCUUCUUCUGCUUCUUUACCCUUCUCAUCAUCCUCUUCCAUACAUACUCAAGAGUCAGAGGCAAGUAGAAAGGACUAUGUAGCCUCCACAUACCCUGAAAAAAAAAAUAUCUACAAUAAACCCAGCAUAACACAAGCCAAACCCUCCACCACAGGUGGAAAAGAAACCAGUUCACAGCAAACAGGCGCUACUCCUAAAGGUAGAGGUUCUUCCUCAGCAGGGCGUAGCAGCAGUUCUGAAUCUGGUUUCAGUUCGAGAUACGGCUACGGCCAAAGACAUCCUGGAACUUUGUUAGGAGGAAAUGCAACACGAUUGUUAAAUGGCUACAAACCUGCCAUCACCACUCAGCUGAAUCUGCCACGAACUCAGAGCCAAGCUACAUUAAAAACACAAAGUCUAUCAAAAGCUCAUUCUGCUGCACCAGAUAGAACUGAAAAUCAUGACACGUCUCAUACUUUCAUUCCAGACAAAUCAAGAUCACCUUCAAGAAGUACUUUAGACAGCCAGACAACAUCAGAUUCAUAUAGUUUUGACAAAUCACAGUCCACAUUAGAGUCUAGGUCUCAGAGCUCUACAGCUUUGCAAGGAAUUAAUCCCUCCACUUCGCAGAAUAGUGGAAUCCAUCCUUUGACUGCAGACACAUCAAGUUUCUCCCAAUCAGCUUCACGAACAGGAACUCGCAGUUCUUCAGCUACACAUAAUACCCACAAUUCACAGGGUGUGCACACAUCACUUGAUCAAGAAACAUCAUAUGAGGAGGGAAAUAAAGACAAUAAUAAUGAGAAUGUAGAAGAUGCAAAUCCCAAAGGUAGUGAAGCAACUUUAAGAAGACAGACCACAGAGGAGAUAAGGAGGGAAGUAGGGAAGGAUGAAAGCACAAAUGAAAAGCCUGUAGUUUCUCGUACUGGACUUAACCCUUCAUUUGUUGAAAGAUUCCCCUUGCUAGCAAGUCGUUACCCGGGCAGAUUUGGCUCAAAUGCGAGGGCAACAUCUUCCAGGCAGGAUGGUAGAACUCCUUCGACCAGGUUUUCAUCAUCUGUAGGGGCUGAUAGGCCACUUUUAACACAAACCAGGGUCUCAGGGGCUGUAGGUGCUGCAGGAGUGCCUUUGAUACAGGAGACCACUGAAGAUCUCAGGACUUCGUCUACUCAUGACUCAUUAAAAAAUGGAAUUGGAGCAAAUUCUUUUAAGCCUUCUUUAACCAAUCAAAACACAGGAUCUAGUGACACUAGAAAUCCAACUACCUCAUCUUCCUCAUCAGCUUCCUCCAAUUCUGAUUCAUACCAUUUCUCAAAUGUACGUAAAGACUCCAGCAAGCCCAUCCAUGGAGAGGCAUCUAAUGUAAACAGCAAUGGUCAACAUAAGGAUUAUUCUGGUGAGAGGAAUGGACAAAGAAGCAGGAAAUUUUCAGACCCCACAGAAUCCCAAAAGAAUCCUCCUAUGACUUCUGCUGUCCACAGAAAUGCAGAAGACAGUGAGAGCACAGGUACAAGGGACACUUCAAUCAGGACCAGAUCUGGCACUUCCUCUGCAGUCAAUCCAAAUUAUCGCCAUCCUGGUGUAGGUAUAAAUGCGAGGGGGCGUUCUCCUAUUCUGAUGAAUAGGCAGUUUGGCGGAUCAAGGCUACCCUUUAGAGCACAGCCAGCACAGAACUCUAGACUCGGUGCUUCAACGACUGAUUCAUCCUCAUCAUCUUCUGACUCCUCUUCUUCUUCACAUCUUCCCCAGCCAGUCUUGACCUCAGAUCGUGAUGUUGGCAGUGGCACUACUGUAACAAAGACAGAAGGUUUGAUUGGUGGAAACCCUCCAUCCACAUCAUCUUUAUCUUCAUCUAGAGACAAUUUAAGGAAGCCUGGCAGUAGGCCUCGCUUUCCAAUGAGAGGAAAACCAAUCAAUGGAGGAGGAUUUAAACCUGGCAAUGGGAAUGGUAAAAAUGGACGACCCAAUCUGACAGCAGCAAUGGAAAAAGACUCCACUUCUUCUCGUGGUACCAGCAAGGCAGCUGGUCAAAGGUUCAUCACUGGACCCGAUGGAACCAAAUGGGUGCUUGACUUGGAGCAAGGAGUUCUAAUGAACCAGGAUGGACAAGUUCUCCAAGACUCCCAAGGUAAACCCAAGAGGGUGGUCCUUGGAGAAGAUGGGCGCACAAUCUUUGAUCAUAGGGGCAGUCCCCUGGUAAGCCAGGAAGGUAUUGCUUUGUUUGGACAUGGCAGAGACAGCCAACCUGUGAUCAAUCCCAAAGACAAGGUCCUCAUGGUUGGAGGGAAACCUGUUCUUGGUUUGGACAUUGCUCGUCCCAGGACCACCACAACUACCAUAGCUCCUACUACCACACCUGAACUCACUACCACUGAAUGGACCACAGAGGAGUUAACCACUGCACUGCCAUUCCCAACCUGUCCACCUGGAACAUUCUCCAAAACAGAUGAAUAUGGAUAUCCAGUUCCUGAUCCAGAAGGAAUUUUAGACUGUUAUCCAGAAGAGGACUCCUCAGGAAUGGAAAUGGACCACAUGUUUACAGUGUCCAUGGUGCCUGAUGCUUUAGCUCUUGAGAAAGAUGAGAUGAUUCUCCAGACUACCUUGCUGCCAUCUACUGCUCCCACCACCACUAUUUCGAGCCCAGCUACAGAGCCGCAGACCAGACCGUUCAAUGAAAGUCCUUCAUCUGCGUUUGACCUCAGUGGAAAGAAGCGCUUCACAGCUCCUUAUGUAAACUACAUCCGGAAAGACCCAGGCGCUCCUUGCUCUUUAACGGAGGCUCUAGAGUACCUUCAGGUAGACGUCCUGGAAAACCUGCUAGAGAAGGACAGUCCAUCAGCCAAUCAGAAACAGCCUCCAAAGAACAAGCCUCAUAACCUCACCGUGGUUGCCAUGGAAGGUUGCCACUCCUUCAUCAUCUUAGAUUGGGCCCGUCCCUUGAAGGAUGACAUGGUGUCAGGCUACAUGGUCCACAGUGCUUCAUAUGAUGAUGUUCUUAACAAUAGAUGGUCCUCCAGAGCCUCGAGUGGGACACAUCUACCUGUGGAGAAUCUCAAGCCUAACUCUAGGUACUACUUCAAAGUGCAGGCCAAAAAUGUGUUUGGUUUGGGACCAUUCAGCGAUACCCUCACAUAUGUCACUGAAUCAGAUGAUCCUCUGCUCAUCGAAAGGCCACCCGGUGGAGAACCAAUCUGGGUCCCGUUUACCUUCAAGUAUAACCCAGUCCACAGCAGCUGUAAGGGCAGUCAGUACGUCAAGCGAACGUGGUACAGGAAGUUUGUGGGUGUGGUUCUGUGUAACUCUCUUCGAUACAAGAUCUUCAUGGGAGAUGGUCUAAGAGAGCCAUUUUAUAGUAUAGGAGAUACAGUUGGCCAGGGAGAGGAUCAUUGCCAGUUUGUGGACUCCUACAGGGAUGGAAGAACAGGUCCAGCCUACCUUUCAAAUAAUUUGCCCUCGGCACAAGGAUUUUACCGUGCCUACAGACAGGAGCCUGUUGCAUUUGGAGUUAUUGGCCGACGUACACCCUAUCCAUUUGUAGGCUGGUAUGAGUGUGGGGUGCCAAUCCCUGGGAAGUGGUAACUCAGGACUAAGAGGAGACAUCGCAACCAGGAGUAGCAGCUCUGCAUCCUCCUGCAGACUCUCACCUUUGCUGAUCCUAACCUGAAAAACAGACUUUUGCUUGUGAGCACAAAAAGACACCACUACGAAUUUAUUACAGCUUCCAAAAAAAGAGGAUAUAGUACUUUUAACAAUACAGUGUAUAUCAUUACAUUGCACUUUUUAUAUAAAGCAGUCUGUAUAUUAGGGAAAAAGAAGCAUGUGUGCUCUUGCUUAGCUUAAUUUGUAUCUCAAAGUGCCCUUGUAUUUUUAGAGACAGGUCCUUACCCAGUGAUUAUUUAUCUCAUUAAAUUGGACUCACAUGUGGUCACAUGUGGUGAGUGACAUUGCACCAAAGUACAAGCUGCAAAGCAAACUGUACAAAUGGAUACUUAAGUUGUGUAUAGGUCUGUUCAUUUUUACUUGUAGCAUUUGUAUUGAAUAUUGUAAUGGCUUCUGACAGGAAUGUUAAAUCUGUAUUUGUUCUAAAACCAUCACUGUUUUGUUUAUUAUUCUUCAUAUUCUUUCAUUUUUACACCCUUUUAGUAUUCAUCACAAUUCAUUCAAUUACUGUGUAAAUUUUUACAUGCACACAGACAAAGAAUAAAAGACCAAAUAUUUGCUCAGGAACUGCGGGAGAUUGAAUAAAGGUGCUAUAAA